CAACGCGGUUUAUUCAAAGCAGUACCGCCCCUCCUCCCCCUCUUGGCCGGUUUGCCUCUUCGACGGACCAAUACCAGCACAGCACAGCCUCAUUCUUAUCUCUCUCUCUCUCUCUCUCUUUCUCUCUGCCUCGCUCUCCGCCCUCUUCUCACACCCAUCUCGACAGCUCCUUCUCUCAUCACGCCUUUUCAGCUACAUCCCAUCCCUUGUCGCCUCUCAUGACCGGCUCCAGCCAGCAGCUGCGGCAGCAACAGCAGCAAAAACAGCAGCAACAAGAACGGGCCAUCCCCUACAACUUGGACCCGACCCAAUCUUACACCCCCCUUUCGCCGCCAAACACGUUCAUCAGUCCAGCGGGCCAUGCCUCCGCGGGAUCCGGUUAUACCAUCUCCGGACAAGGAAUCAUCUCCACAGGACCUGUAGGCCCUGGGACUGGUUCUACCAUUGCUACUCCGCUGCUUCUGCCUCUCAUCACCAUCGCCGAUGCUGCCACCAACUCCAUCAGCAACACCCUCUCUUUGAACACUUCUGAGCACCUCCCUCUCCGCACCUCUUCACUCUAUCCCUCCUCCUCUUCAUCGAUGGCACCCUCUAUCGCUGCUACUGCUACCGCUGCUGCCUCCAUUCCCACCCCCGCUACAGCCGCCGCCGUAGCCCCUGCCUCGUCCAUUUCCACAGCAACCGUUGCCACUUCGUCUGUUCCUUCACCUUCAUCCACACCCCGUCUCUCGCGGGACCAGACUGAGAGAACAGCAGUGACGAACGCUGGUCAGCCCACUCCAAUGACCAUUGAAGGCUACCAGGGGUACCAUAGUACUGGCUCUUAUCCCAAUUCACCUGCCACCCCCUCCAAUGGCUACGGAUACGACUCUGCCUCGACCUCACAGCGCAGCAGCCAGGAGACUGGGACCGCACCGUCCGAAGACGACUAUGCGCACAUCUCGUUUGUGUACGCGAACGAAAAGCGAUUUGGCGAUUUCCAUUCGCUCUUUAGGAGCGUUCCUGAGGACGAGAAACUGAUCGAAGACUACGGUUGUGCCUUACAGAAGGAAAUUUUGGUUCAAGGAAGGCUAUACAUCAGUGAGAACCAUGUCUGCUUCAAUGCCAACAUCUUUGGCUGGGUCACAAAUCUUGUAAUCGCCUUCUCGGAGAUCACAGCUAUCGAGAAGAGACUGACGGCGUUCGUCAUCCCCAACGCGAUCAGCAUUGUAACCACCACGAACACAAAGGGGCACUUUUUCGCCUCGUUCCUAUCGCGUGAUGCCGCACACGAUCUGUUGAUGGCCGCCUGGAGAAAGUCAUUCCCUUGUGCAGCAAAUGCCUCGGUGGCGAGCUACGGCCCUGGAAACGGACCCAACCGCUUGGAUCGAUCGAGUAUAAACGAUGACGACGACAGCAAUGACGGUCAGUCCUUUAUCUCGGCCCGAGUCAACUCCGAAUCCCGAAAGAAUCGACACCGCCGCUCCUUCUCGAACGCGUCACAGAAUUGGACAGGAGAUGAGAGUACAGGUGGAAGAGAUGACUACUGGGCCGAGGAAGAGGGUCUGGAAAAGACUAGCACUGACAAUGAUGUCCGUAGACGAGGAUCCAAGAGGGCUGCCGUCAGGAAACUACUGAAAGAUGUUGUGGCCCCCAUCAUCCCGAGCGACGACCAGCGCAAUGCCUCUCUCUCGCCCAACAACACGGGCAGUAGAACCGGACGUGCUCGUUCAAAAUCAGAAGCGCCGCCCCGUCCCACAUCUUUUGAUAUUCCCCGGAAUCGGGAUUCUAUCGUAACUGUGAGGUCAUCGUUUGACACAGAUGCCCUUUCGCCAGCAGUGUCGCGUCCUCAUGCGGUUACGGGGUCAUCGUCCAGCCCCCGGCCAGAAACUGCUUCACCCUCGAGCUCAUCAGCGCCAAAACCUUCAGGAUCGUCUUCCUCUGCGCGUCAGACACCUACGACGUGCAAAUGUUCCAAGGACAAUCGACAUUACUCCAACCAAUUCAUGUCCGAAACGUAUCCAGGAACCAUCCAAGCGAUAUGGAAAUUGCUCUUUGAUUCAGAUUUCAGCAAGGGCUUCCUGACAUCCGAGGCGAUGAAGGGUGCGGAUGUGCAAGAAGAGUCCUGGCAAAAGGCAGCGGAUGGGACCUCGACCAAGACGACGAGAUAUACCAAAUGGCUUGGGAUGCCGAUCGGGCCCAAGACCACGAAGGCGAUCUUAACGGAUGUGUGCGAGCAUAAGGACUUUGAUGAAUACGUGACAGCGGUGACGACGACCUCGACACCAGACGUGCCUUCAGGAAACAGCUUCACGACCAAGGUCCGGACCUGUAUUACAUGGGCUGGUCCCAAUCAAGUUCAGGUUGUGGUCACAGGCGGCGUUGAGUUCACAAAGAGUAGCUGGAUCAAGGGACAGAUCGAGAAGGGUGCGGCUGAGGGGUUGACGACGCAUUACAAGGAACUGAACAGCAGCAUCAGGAAACACAUUGCUGCCAAUCCAAAGAGCUUUGUGGGAUCCGGCGCCUCCUCGAGCGGCGGCAAGGUAUCAGGUUCUGGAGCAGCAUCAUCGUCCUCUGAAGAGCGAGAGCGUAGCAGCGGAAGGGAGGGCACGCCAACCGGUUCAGUAGCUGGAUCACAGGCGAAUGGAGCUCAAGGACAGAGUAGUGUGGGGUCAGCCAACGUUGCUCAACAGGCACCCGCUGCAGGAAGGCCAUCAUCGUCCGCGGAUUUUAGGCCCGCACUCUUCAAGGCGAUGGAUUGGAAUCAUGGGGCGACUUCUCAGCUGGUGCUGAUUACUGUUCUGGUGGCAGUGAUGCUGGCGAACAUGUACAUCUUUUUCCAGAUUUCCAGCGUCAGUUCGCAGAUCGAGAGGAUCCAGAGCGAUAUUCUGUUUGUGGACCAUCAACGCCAAAAGCAUCAACAACAACAAUAUCGUCAUCCUUCCCUUGAUUUCUCGAGACCGUCUCCAGCUGGAUCUGGACGGGUUCCUGCGGGACCAGAGAGAUAUCAGGGCGAGAUGGAUGAACUUGAGAGAGACGAGCUGUUUGCGCGAGAACAGGAGGAUGCGAUGUGGGUGUGGUUGACGGAACGGGAGGCACGGCAUCAGCAGUAUAGGUCGUGGAGUGGUGUUCGAUCUGAGAAGGAGCGCAAGAGAGAGCAACCGUUGCCCACGGCCGUGCCACAGCAGCAGAAAGAGCAGAAAGAGCAGAAAGAGCAGAAGGAGCAGAGGGAGCGGAGGGAGCAGAAGCAGCGCAGGCUUACGGAGACUGAGGCGAGACUGCAGGCCAGGAUUGAAGAGCUACAGAAGCAGAUGGCAGCUCUAGAGAGGUAUUCUUCGAUGGUGAAGGUUACAACGCUCGCGGUUGAGCACGACAUUCCUUCUGCUUGAAGCGGCUUUCAAUCGCUGUUGUUUUCUUGAUUCCCAUUUUCGCAUUCGCAUAUUACUUGAAAGACGAGUAGAAAUAAAAAAAUAUAGC